CCUGGGAACCAACAUUGGGUGCCCCGUUUGCAUCGCCCUUCUUACUUGUCUUCAGGUCAAGCGUGACUCCAUCAGGUUCUCAUGGCGUUGCGUGUCCUUUCUCACGACGUCGGAUGUCGAGUUGCAAGCAGGAAUUUGGAAAUGAAAUGCCGCCACCAGUUGUUUUCGGGUCCACAUGGGCCCUGAACUGCUGCACAGUCCCUCUGACUUAGGCCCAAUGGCGUUUAACGCUUCACCAGCGCAGGGCCAAGGAUGAGCCUGCCCCGAACCGGUGUUGUAGAUCUUCCGGUUUCCAAGGUGGGGCUGCUGCCAGCGGCGGCUGGUGCAGGUGUGGCGGUCAACGCCGAAAGGAAAACGCUCCAGGAUGAUCCUGUCUUCCAGCCGAAGAAGUACCAGAGGAACAUCGAGGAGGACCCAGAGUGUAGCAGGGAUCCCCUGUGGGGCCCCUUCCGGGUGGAGCUCUUGGCCUUAGCUCCGGAGCUCCGCGUCGACCUUGCAUACCAAAAGACGCUCGAGUGGGGACUGGACAACGCGACCGUCGUCGACGAGAUGGCGAAGGUCUGCAUCGUGGGCUCGGUCUGCCUGCAGUACCUCUUCGCCCGCUUCUUGCUCCUCGAGGCCGGCAGCGCGGAGGCAGCAGCGCACACCUUCCGGAUGCUGGACAGCCAGGCCGGCGCACUCCAUCCGGAUCUCUUCGACAAGGCCUCCGGCAACGGGGAGAUUUGGCCGAUCACCGCCGAGGAGAUCGACGGACUGCGCAGGAAGAUCUUGCGCGCUUCCGUAGGAGGCGGCACGGGCGGGCCGUCCCGGCGGCGACGCUUCAGAAACGCGUUCGGCUUGCACGACGAGGA